CUGGAAUCACAGCAAAUUUCGGAAAGGAGUCGAGCUUAGAGAAAGGAAGCCAAGACCCUCCAUCCGCCUUAUGACAAGUGGAGGAUACGAGAAUUGGGCCUCAUUUUCUGAAUGGUCAGGUGGCCCCAGUCGUCCACUCCCCUCAAAGCAACGCGCGCCUUCACUCAAUUUCUCGCGCUUCAGCAGCGGUAAAACCAGUCCUAGAUCCAGACCAGACCGACGAGACAAGCAAUUCAUUGAACGCCUGUCGCCUUCUGCUCGCCGCGCAGCCGUCGGUCCUCGCAAGAAAAAUACAAACGACGAUCGUAACGGAGCUGUCGACAGGAGAUUUUGAUUCGGCGAAACCGGGAAACAACCAUUCAUAACAAACUAAGUUUGCUACCACGACCUUUUGUCUAUUUUUUUUCUUCUUCUUUUCUUUCCCUCUCGUCUCUUCUUCGUCCGCUCUUCCACACCCAUCCAUAACCGCACCUGUGUUGCUGUGUCGCUCCACAUACAUUGAGAAGUGACGUCGGACGGAACACAGACGAAAUACGACAAGCUGUAACUUCUGCGACACCGCGCGACUCUUUACUAGCCCGCCCACGCCCUCAAAGGACGAGAGGAAACGAAGAGGAACUACGACGAUCGAUUCACGAGUUGUACAUUUCAACAGACGAGUGACCUACCUCAAGUGCUGAAUCAUAGUUGGCUUCGUCCGAAAACGCCGCCCUGCGACAGACACGCUGUCAGGUACCACGCCAGACAAGACAUCGCUGCCGCAGUUCUGCCACAGUUGUCUGUUGUCUAGCUGCGCCCAAUCAACGACAAGUCUCUGUACACACAUACACCCCAAAGAAAAAAAAAAGCUUUUGCUGGGUAUCGAUAGCAAAAACAUAGAUACCUAGGUAUACCGCGCGCACGCCUGCCGUGAGCAAGUCGAUUUGCACAGUGUCGCCUGGUUGGCCUUCAGGGGCAGCCAAGCCGUGAUUUUCGGGCCGUGUUGGCCGGGGUCUCUGGCCUUUUAUCUUGGUUUGGCAUGCGCCUAAGUUUGCUAAAACAGAAUUCACGCCCAAUUACAACAAAACAAAUACUGUGAUAGCUUGGGAACGCAGGGAAGAAACCGGCAACGAAAUCUUCACUGAAGCUUCUAUCUUCUCUGGCAUAACUUCCGAGACAGGAAGGGUGCGAAGAAACCAAGCAGCCGCAUCGCAUUUCCCGAGAUCUAUCUAUCUUGCUCCGCAAAAUAUGUCGUCGGGAAUGCACCCGGGCCAGUCUGGUCAACGAUCGGCGGGAUUGACGCUCAACCUUUCGUCCAACAAUCCCUUUCGCAACCGCGCGGCUUCACCUAGCAAUCUGCCACAGAGCCCGGCCUCUCCUUUUGAUGAUCCGCCGCCUCGUCCAGUUUCGCGAAAUCCGUUUCUCGAUCCUUCCAACAAGCCAAUCCAGCAGCAGCAACCGUUAUUGUCACCAGACAGCAUGGCUUCUAAAUCUGACCGAAUGUCGCCCACGGCGGAGGAGAUCUUUGACUCCCUAACUCUCGAUGACAGAGAUGACAAGAAGCCACCUCCACCUCAAGGAUCGCGCCCGCCCGGGGGCCGAUCGGGGCCUCCACGUGGAGAGAACGUGCCGCCUCCUGGUGGUCGUCGUCCUCCCCCAAGCCACAGGCCUACGCGUUCGCAGGAAGAAGCGAUGCGAGCACGUAGGCUGCAGGGGAGCGGCGCCGGAGGAAGCCGCCAUGGAGAGUCUUCUUCUCCUCACAGGCGGUCGGAUAGACACCUGCGACGUAAUUCGGAGUCUUCGGUCAUCAGCACCGAUAAGGAGAAACAUCUAACAGAGGAGGAAAGGAAGGCCCGCGAUUUGCGGCGCCGGGAGAGGGAACGGCGCCAUCGGGAGCGAGGCGAGCGAGACUCUAAAAGCAAACCGAGACCCAGCAACAGAAAACUUGACAUCAUUGAUCAAUUAGAUGCCACAAGCAUUUAUGGCACCGGACUCUUCCAUCACGAUGGCCCGUUCGAUGCUCUCAACCCUCAUCGAAACAAGAAGGGAAGCAGCCGAGCCCCGAUGCAGGCAUUCCCCAAGGACUCUCUGAACAACUCUAUGGGAGGUUCGGGCCCGCUGAACGCUCGCCCUGAUCAUGCGACGUUUAUGGGCAAUGCCGACCAAGAGGCCUUCACAGAGUACUCCCAAGGUGAGAAGCAGGGCUCUUCUAGCCGCCUGCCACCCGUUUUUGACCCUCAUAGCCGUGGCACGAUCCUGCACGGUGACGAGUCGAUGGGUCUGGGAACCUCGACCUUUUUGGAGGGCACACCGGCCGCACGAACGGUUAUUCAGCGGCGCGAGGCCGAACAGCAACAAGACACCAUGGAGAGUAGCCUCCAACGGAAGAAAUCGCUUGCCCAGAGGAUUCGCGGGAUAAACCGCCCUCGCCGAGACUUCGAGUCUGGCGGCCGCAUGACAAACCCCGAAGGCGUGUACUCGUCGCGAAGAUCGCCUCCGAUUCCCGGUGCGAAUUCCUCGGCCAGCAUGUCGAGCUCGCGAGGGGAGCGCAACCCAUUCUUUGCCGACUAUGACGGUGCCAAGAAUGGAGAGGAAUCAAUCUCAGUCCGUAGGAGAGAUGGAUCUGCUCCCCGUGUCAAGUCUCCCACUAGCCCUGACUCCGCGCCACUUGAACGUCGUGUCACUGCUGGUGAUGAUGAUCAGGCUGCCCGAGCUGGCGGCGGACUUCUCGCACGUGUCAAGAGCUUGAAGGGUGGACGGCGGGCCAGGCCAAACCCCCCGGACCAGCCUUCUCCUGCGGCCAUUCCGGCCCCGGGUACCGCAGCCUAGGGGCGCUCAGGUAUCACGAGGGCCCAAACGACGCCAACACCUAGCAGACACAUGGUAGCCCGCACUGCUAUUGUUUACGAGGAUGCAGUGUUUUGAAUCGCGAACACGAUCCAUAUAUAACUACCUCUACAACUUUAACGCUACGGUUAAUGCGUCUAUCAGCAUUUUUACUACGCUGUCAGUGCGGCUGCGCCGUGCCACAUCUCUGGCCCCGUCUGCCUCGUGAUUCCGCGAAAGUCUCCGCAUCUUUUACGGAGUCGAUCUUGGGACGUUUAUGAAUCCGCAAACGGCGCCCAUGAUCUGAUGGUUCAGAGGUAUAUGGGGACGGUGGUGGACUUCGUGUACAAAUUUGAAUUGGGUGUGGACAUUUCAGAAAUUGUGAUAAUUUCAGUUGUUAUUGGAAGGGGUCUCUUUUGUUUUUCUAUCUCUUGUGACUCGAUGAACCAACAUUAUUAUCAUCCUUACAACCCUCAAACCUCAACAGGAAAUGUUAUGCGACCUUAUCUCGUUUGUCUUCUCUCGCCUCAUUGCUCCUAUUCCUUAUCUUCGCAUCUCUUCUCAAAUAUCAACGGUACGGAGUCUUUUGGAACGCGUGGUUCUCCAUUAUCGAUCUUUGCGAACCUCUUGAAAAAAGAAAAAAAAAAAACCUGAACCCAAGUUUCUUACACGUUUUCACAACAGCUGCCCACAUGCGCCAUGGGUAAUGGGCAUUAUACGCUGAAUAGAUAAUGCGCUAUGUUAUUACGUUA